CAGCGAACGGUUGUGCUUGUUCAUCGCUUCCGUGUCGUAUACGGCAAGUGAGUGUAAUUUUUCCUUUUCGGUUGUGUUUUCUCAUCACUGUGGCUGAUGACUGGUGCGUGCGCUAUCAGGAUUAAAAGCAUUAAAUGAAAUGAAAAGCUUCAACUUCCGAUGAAGACACUAGUUUCAUUCAGUCGAACCUUGUUAUAGUAACGAUAAUCCAUAAUCUUCGGUCGAUGAUUAAACAGGGAAAAGUCUGCGUUACGUAUGAUAAGCUAAAAUUGAAAACGCGAAUGGUGUGAGGGAAAAUCCGACAAUUUGCAAGCAGUUUCGACACUCAUCAAAGCAAGUGUCAUGUUUCAUUAGGUCGUCCUUAUGCACUUGUAAGGAUCUAAGCAGCUAGCCACAAAGGAAGUGGAAAAUUUCUGUCCAGUUAAAGAAAUGAAUUAAGGAAGUGUUGCAAAUACGGGAGAAAAGGAAGAAAAAACGUCAAGUGAUGCGAAAAGAAAAUCCUGCUCUAGUUAAAGAGCCACACCGCACAUAGUGGCACACAAGUGUAUAGUAGUAGGCUUUUCUCUCCGUCUCUUCGAAUUCGGCAGGUUGUGUGGUUAUUUUUGCCGUCUGGAUAAAUAAGCGUGCUUAUUGGUGUGCGUGUAGUCAAAGCCCAACAUGCCCGAUUGUGUCGGUGUAAGUGUUCUUUAGGUGCAAACUUAUCCAACCUGCGCUAUAUUAUUGUCGUAUGGUGUGUUUGUAAACUCUAACAUCUAACAGCUCUCUGAAUGGCACACAGUGGCUGGCCAAGAUAACCGAGUGCUGCCCUAGGAGGUUCCAGUCGUGCAGUGGAAUUUCAAAGUGAAUCAAGAAUAUAAUUACAUACAACCUGCUCCCGACGUGCGGUGCCGGUGCCCGUGCUGUGGUUGCGUUGCAGCGACACGAAUCUCCGUGAGUUGUACGAUACCUAUUUUGUGGUGCGCCAAAUCGUUAGAACUCAUCACAUUUGUAAUAGCAGCCUUUCGGUCGAAUAGGUACACCGCAGCAACUCCCGUGUCACGGUGCUGAGCAAAAAAGGCAAAAAAAAAAGGUCGAGAAGAAUCAAGCUGCGAGCUGCGUCUGAGUAGCUGCCUGGCUGGCUGACUGGGAGAGACAAGUCAUAAUCAUGGAAAUGGAGCCGCGCGUAGCAAUCCUGCAGGACUUGAAGGUCCAAUCGUUCGACUCGAUUCGCUUUGCUUCAUACCGAACGGCGUGCAAGCUUCGGUAUGUCCAGAAAUCCACAAACCUACAUCUGGUGGACAUCUGGAACGUAAUCGAAGCGUUCCGCGAGAAUGGUCUCAACACGCUGGAACCACAGAACGAGGUCAGCGUGAGCCGACUGGAGACGCUGGUUUCCUCGCUGUACCACAAUCUGAACAAACGUCUUCCCCCAACGCAACAAGUUCCUGUCGAUUCCAAAGCAAGUCUGCUGCUGAAUUGGUUGCUGGCGGCCUAUUCCGGCGACAAUUCCGGCAAAAUCCGUGUGUUCUCGAUCAAGGUGGCGCUGGCCAUUAUGUGCGCCGGCAAAAUGGUCGACAAACUGAGAUAUAUUUUUUCGCAAAUUUCCGAUGGUGCCGGUCAGUUGAUCCACUGGAAACUCGGAGAUUUUUUACGGGAAGUGCUCGCCCUACCGGCAGCUGUGUUUGAGUCACCAACGUUCUACUACAAGGAAGGCUUGGAAAGUGAAAUCUUUCCGGUAGAGAAUAAGAUUACUGUUAAUGAUUUUAUGACGGCGUUUAUGUCCGAGCCUGGUCCGGCAUGUUUGGUGUGGCUUCCUCUGUUGCACCGCCUGGCUACCGUCGAAACCGUCGUACAUCCGACCAUUUGCUCCGUCUGUUUGCGAGAGAACUUCACCGGUUUCCGGUACCGGUGCCAACGAUGCCAUGCCUAUCAGCUUUGUCAGGACUGCUUUUGGCAGGGACGGGUCUCUCUGAACCACCAGAACGAUCACGAAGUGAAGGAAUACUCCAGCUAUAAAAGUCCAAGCAAACAGAUCGGUCACUCGCUGCGAAAGAGCUUCCGAUGUGUUCCGGAAAAGCCGAACCAGGUGCUGCCGCGGUUUCCGGAGCAACCGGAAAAGACGCUAAAUUUAUCGCACAUCGUACCGCCGUCGCCGUUGCCGUCGCACAAUGGUUUCACCGACGGGGGCAUGAUACCGGGCAUGUACGACCGAAGCAGUACACUGGACUCGAGGGGAACUGGCCUUUCCUUGGACAGCAAUGGCACUUCGCUCACACGGGGAGGAGCCAAUUCGAACGACGAAGAGCACCGGCUGAUCGCUCGGUAUGCCGCCAGACUUGCUCAGGAAAGUCGAACGCCCGGAAGUUCGGCGCCCGAUCCGGUGCAGAUCGGACUGGAUAGCUCCCGUGCCCAGCGCGAGCUGAUCAUGCAGCUGGAAUCGAAAAACAAAGAAAUUAUGCGCGAAAUUCAGAAACUUCGCCGACAGCAGGAAGCCGAACAAGUGGCGCCCGAGAGCCCGGCCCUGAUGAACGAACUGCGUGCUCUGCGGCAGCGGAAAGGCGAACUGGAGGGCCAUCUGGGAGCGCUGCAAGAUUCGCGCCGUCAGCUGAUGGCCCAAUUAGAGGGACUGAUGCGAAUGCUGAAGAACCACCAAACACAAAGUCCUCGCUCAACGCCGAAUUCUAGUCCACGGUCGGGAAAAAGUCCACCACUCCCGCAGGGUCCCCAAAUGUCCAGCUCAUCGCGAGGUCCUCUACCGCAGAAUAUUCCAGCUCACAUCCAGCAGAGUCUGCUGCAGCAGCAGCAGCAGCAACAGCUCAUGCUCAACAGUCACCAUCCGGAGCCCCAGAACGGAAUGGGCCAUCCACAUCCGCUGGAUAUGCGAAACUACGCUCCCAACGGCAACAACAAUGGAUCCGGUAGUCUGGCCAGAGUUGCGGCCGGUGCCUCCGGGCGGAACGAUUUGCACUACGCGGCCGAUUCCGUUUCGUCGGCAAUGUCUUCGCUAGUGCGUGAACUGAACUCAGAAGGAUCGGACGAAGAGUAUGACAUGCGAUACCAUGUCAGACAGCAGCUAGAUUUCGACGAAAUGCAAAUGGCCGGCCACGAGUGGAGCGAUAAGGAUAAUACCCAGUGGCAGGAACAAUUUGCCCAGUGGAGUCUCAAUCCGCAGAAGCAGUAAGAAGCUGCCACGGUUAGGACGGAGCACACACUAUAGCUAGCUGCGCUACACUCGAUUUUCAAUAGUAAACUUAAUUUUUUGUUUCUCUGCUAAACAGGACAGGAACAUUCGCAGCAGUAGGUAAACGGUUAGAAUUUUGCGCCCGUAGGAAAAGCUUAGGUAUCGAUUGUAUCAACAACAUAAACAAAAAAACAAAAACAUACUAAAUUACAUAUAAUCGCUAGGUCGAAAGUAAAAAGAAAAUAAUAUUGCUCUAACGGUGGAUUGGUUCAGUUGUUGGUAAAACUAGGUUCGAUUCCUAUCUUGCAACGAUUCUGCCAUGGCAGUUAAGCUUGUUCCGAUUCAUUUUUUUAAUAUUUUAGUUAUAAUUAUCAAAUCUUGCUAUUCAUUGUGAUCUCUACGUUAACUGCUUGUAUCUAAACGGUUGAGUCUAAAACGUUCAAGACUUCUAAAGAAACGAUUCCAUUCCAGACGUAAGAUGUGACUUAACUUAGAAACACUGCUAUUGCUGCUACCGUUUUAUCUUAAAGAUAACAUAGUUUUAGUUUAAAUUAUGAACGAACGUUGACCUUGCUAUCGUUGCUGCUAUUCGGUUGCUUAUUCGUUAUUUUCGGGUCUUUUUUUCGUACAAUAAAGAGUUGUAUGUUAGAAAUCGUUGUUUUCAUUUCGUUGAAUAAUUUUUGCCAUGUUUAUUCUGUUUCACAAACGAAAAAUGCAAUGCACUGUUACGUUUCUGUUUUGUUCAGUACCUAGUGCUUUGGACAGUAUACUAUUAUUCGGAAUAGUCGUUUUACCCAUAACUAAACUAUAAUAAAGCGCGAACGAUUCAACGCACACAUGUACAAAUUAAAUCCCAACUAUCUAAGCAGCAUGAAAACAUUUCACAAAUAUUUAGCUAUUUUGUCGGCGGAAAUUAACUUCCGGGAAAUUAUUUACCACAGUCUAUCUAGAGUUUGUAUCGUAUAUUCACAGCGUUUAACAAAUAUUUUCAAUCUGCACUGAAGGUAUAAUUUAGGUUUAGAGUUAGGGACGAUUUUAAACGUGCGCAUAUGUGUUAUACCAAUUCUAUUGUAGACCCUUAUCGAUGGAGAGAGAGACCAGUUAAAAAAAACAAUAAUAAUUAUCCUUAACAAAAAAAACAGGAUUCGUAACUAAAGUUAUUGGAUAGACACAAAAAUUAAAAAUUAAAUAUUUGGAAAAAAAAUAUUACCCAAGAAAGUCGAAACUUUUCCUCUGUCGUGAGUAUGUUAUAACCAAACGUUUUGCAUUCCGGCAAAGGGAGGCAAAAAAAUCAUCCACAGAAUAACUCCCGUGAGUGUGCCGUAGUAGGCUAGGAACAACGAUAAAAUUAGUACGAACCGAACGGGAGAAUAGCACGCUGAUCGAAGUAGGCAGCAAGGCAGAACCCUAGCCCAGCGCCCAUCAUGCGCGUGUUUGACAUAUUUUUGUUUUGGGGUGCAACGACAAUAGACUCUACCACCAAUCAAGCCUACCUACAACAGUUCAUAGCAAAUGGAGGGCCGAGCAAGGCCCAACUCAAAAAGCUUUUUUUUUCAAAUUUGCUUCAAAAUCUAUAACAUGCGACUGCGAUGUAUUGACCGCGGUGACAAGAUUUGCACCAAAGAGAAAACAUAAAACAUAAAAAAUAAUCUACCUGAACAGCAGCGGAGCGAAGCGGCGGAACUCAAUUAUUACACGAUGGGCAAAGUUUGUCGAACAAUAACACAAAAUUAAAACAAUUCACUCAAAAGACAGGACUAAUGCUGCUAACAUGCGUUAUGAUAUGAGUAAACAACAAAAUAUUCUUAACCUGAACAAAAAAAAACAAAAAAAAACAAACGAAAUGUAUUCGAAGCGAAAGAAAAGUAUUAAAACAGAUAAAUCAA